GCGUCUGUGCCAUGGGGCUGCCUACUCUGGAGUUCAGCGAUUCCUACUUGGACAGCCCGGAUUUCAGGGAGCGCCUGCAGUGUCACGAGAUUGAACUGGAGCGAACCAACAAGUUCAUCAAAGAGCUCAUUAAGGACGGCUCUCUGCUCAUUGGGGCGCUGAGGAAUCUGUCUAUGGCAGUACAGAAAUUUUCCCAGUCACUGCAAGAUUUCCAAUUUGAAUGUAUUGGUGAUGCUGAAACAGAUGAUGAAAUUAGUAUCGCUCAGUCACUAAAGGAAUUUGCAAGAUUACUCAUUGCAGUAGAAGAAGAAAGGAGGAGACUGAUUCAAAACGCUAAUGAUGUAUUAAUUGCUCCACUUGAGAAGUUUCGCAAAGAACAGAUAGGUGCAGCAAAAGAUGGAAAGAAGAAGUUUGACAAGGAGAGUGAAAAGUACUAUUCUAUUCUUGAUAAACAUUUAAAUUUAUCUGCAAAGAAAAAGGAAUCUCAUUUGCAAGAGGCAGAUACACAGAUUGACCGAGAACAUCAAAAUUUUUAUGAAGCAUCACUAGAGUAUGUCUUUAAAAUUCAAGAGGUUCAAGAAAAAAAGAAGUUUGAAUUUGUUGAACCGCUUUUGUCAUUCCUUCAGGGUUUAUUUACUUUUUAUCACGAGGGAUAUGAACUCGCCCAGGAAUUUGCACCAUAUAAGCAACAACUUCAGUUCAACUUGCAGAAUACAAGGAAUAAUUUUGAAAGUACACGACAAGAAGUAGAGCGGUUGAUGCAAAGAAUGAAAUCUGCCAACCAAGAUUACAGACCACCCAGCCAGUGGACAAUGGAAGGCUACCUUUAUGUCCAGGAGAAACGACCCCUUGGUUUUACAUGGAUUAAACAUUAUUGUACAUAUGAUAAGGGAAGUAAAACAUUUACAAUGAGUGUUUCAGAAAUGAAAUCCAGUGGGAAAAUGAAUGGCCUUGUUACUGGCUCACCAGAAAUGUUUAAAUUGAAAUCUUGUAUCCGACGAAAGACAGAUUCAAUUGACAAACGGUUCUGCUUUGACAUAGAAGUAGUUGAAAGGCAUGGAAUCAUCACAUUGCAGGCAUUCUCAGAAGCUAAUCGGAAACUCUGGCUCGAAGCCAUGGAUGGUAAAGAACCGAUUUACACACUGCCUGCCAUUAUUAGCAAGAAAGAAGAAAUGUACUUAAAUGAAGCAGGGUUCAACUUUGUGAGAAAAUGCAUUCAAGCUGUGGAAACAAGAGGCAUCACUAUUUUAGGCCUCUACCGAAUAGGAGGAGUAAACUCCAAAGUUCAGAAACUCAUGAACACAACAUUUUCUCCCAAAUCCCCUCCUGAUAUUGACAUUGAUAUUGAAUUGUGGGAUAAUAAGACAAUAACAAGUGGACUAAAAAACUACCUCAGAUGUCUUGCAGAACCAUUGAUGACUUACAAGUUACACAAAGAUUUUAUUGUUGCAGUUAAAUCUGAUGACCAAAACUACCGGGUGGAAGCUGUACAUGCACUGGUGCACAAACUACCAGAAAAAAACAGAGAGAUGCUGGACAUCUUAAUAAAACACCUCGUCAAAGUAUCACUACACAGCCAACAAAAUCUCAUGACUGUCUCUAACCUUGGUGUUAUAUUUGGCCCAACUCUCAUGAGAGCACAAGAAGAAACUGUGGCUGCCAUGAUGAAUAUUAAAUUUCAGAAUAUUGUGGUUGAAAUUCUGAUCGAGCACUAUGAAAAGAUUUUUCAUACUGCCCCAGACCCAAGCAUUCCUCUUCCUCAGCCUCAGUCUCGAUCUGGAUCCCGAAGGACACGAGCAAUCUGCCUGUCCACAGGUUCCCGGAAGCCCAGAGGGAGGUAUACACCGUGCCUGGCAGAACCUGAUAGUGACUCUUACAGCAGCAGCCCUGACAGCACACCCAUGGGGAGCAUUGAGUCACUCUCCUCUCACUCCUCUGAACAAAACAGCACAACCAAGUCUGCUUCCUGCCAGCCCAGGGAGAAAUCUGGAGGGAUUCCUUGGAUUGUAUCCCCAUCACCUUCCAAUGGACAGAAAAAUCUUGGACUCUGGACAACUAGUCCUGAAUCAAGUUCUAAAGAGGAUGCAGCCAAAACAGAUGCAGAAUCAGAUUGCCAAAGUGUUGCCUCAGUCACCAGCCCAGGGGAUGUUUCCCCACCCAUAGACCUAGUCAAGAAGGGGCCGUAUGGGCUUUCAGGACUGAAAAGAGCCUCAGCUUCCUCUCUCAGAUCCAUCUCUGCAGCUGAAGGAAGCAAGAGCUACAGCGGAUCCAUUCAAAGCUUAACUUCUAUAGGUUCCAAAGAGAUACCCAAAGCCCCACCAAACCCAGACCUGCCUCCAAAAAUGUGCAGGAGGUUAAGGCUAGACACCGCCUCAAGCAAUGGCUACCAGCGACCUGGCUCUGUUGUGGCAGCAAAAGCCCAACUGUUUGAAAAUGUUGGUUCACUUAAGCUGGUUUCUUCUGGGCGCCAAGCCAAAGCCAUGUACUCUUGUAAAGCAGAACACAGCCACGAGCUUUCCUUUCCACAGGGGGCAAUAUUUUCCAAUGUGUACCCAUCAGUGGAACCAGGAUGGUUGAAAGCAACUUAUGAAGGCAAAACAGGACUAGUUCCAGAAAAUUAUGUUGUCUUCCUCUAAUACUGUUUAGUGGAUGGCAGUAUCUUCAUGGUAUCCAUGGUAACAAUAAUAAGUGCUAUGAUUUUAUCUGACACAGAUAUGGCAAUAAGCCCACUAAAUGAAAAGUAAAUUUCUAUCAGGUUUGUACACCGGCAGACUAUGUAGCCCCCUAUAAAUGGAAAAGAAAAAAAAAUGCUUAAAUUGCUUGAUAUGCCGUUUUUUUUUUUAAAUCUUGACUUUUUUUAUUUUAAAAUCUUUCUCCACCUGUUUUUUUCUAAUAAGUAACUCUGCAAAUUAUCUCUUCCAUGACAAUUGUAGAAUCUCAAAUACUGUGUUAAGUACUAUAUCCCAGAAUUUUGGAAACUAGAAAUUUGCUAUAAGGAUUUUUAGAUAUGUCCUUUACUGCCUGGCAUUCUCUGAGGUACCUUGAAAUCAUUACUUAAAAAUGUAAUUUAAAUUGUUCAUUUAUUAUUUUUUCUUAAGAAUUUACCUCUUUUAUGUAUGAUUGUUUUGCUGGUCCUAAACAUUUCAAGGAAUAAGGGUUUUUUUAACAUAAGUUUAUUUUUAUUUGUUUACCAAGUAGAUGAUAUUCAAAAAGAAUAAUGUAUAUGAUGUCUAUAAAUGAAACCCAGUUAAGUCAUACACUGAUUUCAAUAUAAACACUCCAUUCAGCAUUCCAGACACCUUCUAUGGGCAUAGUAGGGAUUAGCAGACUAUUUCUGUCAAGGUCUUAUAGUAAAUAUUUGGGAGUUUUGCAGACCUUGAAGGUCUUCCCCACAAUGGUCAACCCUGCUAUUGUAGCAGAAAGCACCAUAGACAAUGAGUAAGCAAAUGAACAUGUCUUAGUGCCAAUACAACUUUACUUAUGGACCCUAAAAUUUGAAAAUCAAAAUUCUUGUGUCCUGCAUGUCAUCCUUAACUUCUUAAAAUCUAUUUAAAAAUAGAAAUAUUUUAGCUGAUGAGCCAUACAAAACUGAUGGCAAGCCAGAUUUGACUCACGGGUCAUGGUUUGCUGACACCUGGUUAAGAGGCUUUGUAAAGCUAUCUUUAUAAUUUGGGGAUUUUAUGAAAUUUUAUUACAUUAACAUAUAAAUAAAAACACAUAACAUAUAAUUUUACUAUAUUAACAUGAUAAGUCAUACACAUAUCAUCUACUAGGGGCAUUAUAGUGGCAUCACAAAAUAUAACUACAAUAAUAGGAAAACAGUGUAAAAAGUGCAGUUUUAAGGCAUGCAGCCUGAAUUCUACUGGUAACACUGUAAAGUGUCAACGUAUUUUAUUGUUAUCUCAUUUUAAUUUUGGCUUUUGAGAAAUUCUUGUACAAAUGAUAAAGAUGUUUUUUAAAGACACUAGUUGAGAAGCUAUGCCUUUUAAUUCUAUCCUUGAUUACAAUAGAAACCAAACAUAAAGAUACAGGAUUCUUAAAUUAUGUUGAGCCACAGAAUUUAAAAUUAUUUUAUCAUCUUUCGCAGGAAUAAAAGCUGUACAUGAUUUUCUUUUAUGACUUCAAUUUAUAGCAUUUAUUAAGAAUUUACUGAAUUUAUAGAACAUAGUAAUAGGUAUUUACUACCCAUUUAAAUAUAACACCAAUAUCUGGUCAUGCAUCAAACAUUAUUUCUAUUAUUUCUAUUUUAAUUAUUCUAAAAUAUUAUUUCUAUAAAUAUCUCUGUAUUUCUAUAAAUAUCUCCAUAUUAUAUCUAUAAUAUCUCCAUGUGGCCUUUUUUCUCAAGAUUCCAAAAAGCUGGUUACUCACCAUAGCCUGCCACAGCACUGGUUCACUGGGCCAUGAUAUUUUACUUGUUACUUCGGAGUUCUCCACUGUACAGACACUCAGGUAUUGACUGCAUAAAACUCUUUUUAUGUGAUAAUAUAAUCUGUAGUAUCAAUUUCUUCUACUUUAAAUGAAUGUUUCUAGAGUUAACAGGUUAAAUUAUAUGUACACACAUAUAUACACAACCAUGCCUUGGAGCAUUGAUGCUUUUAAAAAUUAAAAAUGGAAUACUAGAUUAGAACCUAAAAAUAAUAACACUAGGCAGAAUCACAACCAGAAAUAAGUUUCAGUGCAUUGAAAUAAAGGAAUGAAAAAUAUUUAAUGCUGUAAAAAUUAGUAAUAUAAUGAAAAAAAUCUGAUAAAUGUUUAUUUUUUACCUCCUGUGUUGAUCUUUGUAUACUUAUAAUCAGGUGUUGCUAGAGCUUUUUGGUCUCUAGAUCCUUGGUGGUCCUUACUAGUAAUAAUAGCAUUGCUGACACCCUAACUACCCUCUGCUGGAACAGAAGGUAGUUUUUCCGAUGUACCAAUCCCUUAGUUUCUAUGACACUCUCAGUUUAAACACCCUUGCCAUCAUCUGGCAUCCUACUAGAUUAAAACUUCUUAAUGGCAAAUUGAUUUUCUUUCAAAGACCAACUUGACUCCAAAGAAAGAUUCAGAAUUCUACUUCACUUGCUGCUGUAUAGAGAAAUCUCAGCCUUUAUUUUAGUUUAACACAGACCAGAGUGUUCCUUCCUCUGAGUUGUCUGAGAGCUAAUUCUACUGAUGAUCAGUAAGGAACUAAAAAGGUUUUGCUUUAUAAGACGUGGAUGAGAAGCCCAGCUCUCCUUUCUCAUGGUGAGGCAUUUAUUGUGGCAUUACUUACUAUGGUCCCUUUUUUGAAAUAGAAGUAUGAGUGCUUGUUCAAAUUGUACUUUUUGCAGUUUAUGGGUAUGGUCCUUUUUCCUUCCUAAUGAUUACAUUUAUAAGUUAUGGCUAUAUACUGCAGACAGACUAAAGCUGCUUUUCCUUAAAAAUAAGUUUCCUACAGAUGAGGCGUUUAUGAGCAUUGAGAAAAUCAAGACAUGUGCUCUAAAUUACAUAGAAUAUGAAUUACACAAGAAGGUAAUAGCAGUCAUUAAAACAGGAUCACAUUAAAAAUUGUAACUGCAUUUCAAUAAUGAAACCUUGGCUUUUCAGAAACAGUAUGAAGAUAUAUGUUAGAAUUACCACAUCCACACUUUCAGAAUGCACAAUGUGGACAUGCUAAACACUACUUAUGUUACAAUCAGUAUGAGGAAGAGAUUGAAAUCUAAGUUAAUCAUUUUGGGUCUAUAUGAAAAUAUCUCCAAGUACAAAACAUUUAACAGGUGACUUUUUUUGUUAUGCCAUAACUCUAUCAAGCUCAUGGAAACUGUCAGUUAACUGAAAACUUUUCUUAUAUUAUGUGUAAAUGUAUGAAAAGUAAAAUAAUCUUUGCAUUCCUGUGAAGUCCAUGAAGUAUGAAGAAAUGCCCUUCCUUCUUGUUGGAUUUGAGUGGUUUUUGUACUCAUGUUGGUUCUCUGUGCUUUGUAAUGUAGAUGAGUGCAACCAAGUUUCUCAACAGUGGCUUCUUGGCUAGCUCUUUUAGGGAUGGUGGAGGGAAAAAAAUGUACUUUAUAAUCUCAAAUUAUGCAAGUUCCCAAGUAGGAAAAAUAAAGAUACAUCAUAACUUUUAUUAUUCUUACUCUAUGAUGAUUGGUUUUACAUAUUGCAGCAUGCCUUUUAAAAAUCCACCAGGUUGAAAAAAAAAAAAUCAUCUAGGUUGUAAGGGAAAAAAAAGUCUUGCACCAUAAUCCUGCGAUGAUAACUUCAUUCACCUCAUUACUCCCAGUUUCAUUCUUCAGGUCUGUGCCUGUUUCUGAUAUUAGAAAGGGUAUCAUUCCUAUGGAUUCUGGUGUAGAAGAGCCCUUCAGAGCCUUCUUUCAAACAACUAUAUUUGUAGUAUACCCCUCAAUUAUAUAUUCAGGAUGCCUUAAUUAGCAUUUAGAGCUCCAAUUUGAAUUCUGCUUUAUUGACUUAUAAGUCAAUAAGACCAUUUACAGUCAGAUUUUGUUCUUUGUAACAAGACCUUUGUAAUUUGCAGCUGUUACUAUAUAUGACUUAAUAACAUCACUGAGUAGGACCCCCAAAUCAUAUCUUCUGGUAAAGAAAAGAAAAAGAGACUUUACUGUUGUCCAGAAGUUAUUUUGAACUUGACUAAAGGUUUCCCAUUAUGGAAAAAAUUGCUAUUUACUUUUGGUUCCUAUCUUUUUUGGUUACCUUUCAAAAUUAAAAAAAAAAAAAAUUACAAAUAGUCUAUGUCCCAGCUGUCUCCUGUUGAGCUACAGACUUACUGCCAGGUAUUUAUCAACUAGACUGAGUGGAUACAUUCACUGUAUCCAUGUAUUGUCCCCCAAAUCUCCCUGCAAAUGUGCAAGUUCUACUUGAUAGUAAUCUUUGAUGAACUCUGGCUUUAAGUUACAUGUACUUUUAAAAGAUCAGAUCAAUAAAUAAGAUUUUUUCAUUUUUUAUGGCAGCUGCAUCCAUUAUUUUAAGUCAGGAAUUUCAAAUAAGAAUGUUGAUGGCACUUGCAGUGAGCCAUUGGCAGAAAACUGAUCUGAAUGUUCUACAUGAAUGUUUAGAAGCUGUCAUUAGGGAACCCAAUAGGUCAUCACUUCCCUCCCUGGCCCUCAAGAGAGAUGCCAGGUUCAGAGGUUGAACAUUUCUUAGUGUUUUGGGGAGAAAUAGAGUGUGUGCUUACUGAGGAGUCCCAAAAGGCAGGGAUCAUUUAUAGUUAUUAUAAGCAUUAAAAACCAUCAUCCAAUAUGUUCGUGUAUAGGCCCAUGUUGGGAAUUUAAGUGGGAGGAAAAGGUGCGGACACCACCUAAUUACGUGACCACUUUCUCCCCUUCGUACCAUCGGCCAUCUCUCAGCAGUGUUUCCUUUGGUCUUUACCCUUCCGGGGUUGCGAGAAGCCUAACUUUGCCUUAAAUCCAUUCAGUCUCUUAGAUUAAAAGUCUGUAUUGUUUUCUAUAUGGCACCAUGUUAGAAGUUUUGUAUAUGGCUUUGCAUCUUCAUUUACCUUUUUACAGAGAAUGCUAACUAUACAUGAUUGAUGCUUAAAGUCUGAGAUAUCACCACAUUGAGGGCUAUGACUUCAGGAAGAGCUAAAACCUUUACAAAUAAAUAGGGAAUUUGGCAGGGAAGACGACGUUUUUAAGAAAUUUAGAAUCCUAUUUAUAUACUGUUAAAAUUUGAAGUAUUAUAGUUUAUAUUAAAAUUGAAUAUUCAUAUAUAUAUUUCAGUACUAGGAAUUUUUGUGUAACCACUAACAUGACAGAUUAAUAAAUAUGAUGAAAAUUAUUGUCAGUAAAUUAUCAUAUUGAAUUGUUUGUGGUGUUUCUGUAUUUGUCUUCAUUUUGUGUAUAUAUCACACAUAUGUACAAAAAUAUGUGAAUAACCUCAUGUUAUUCCUAAUUUCAAUUGCCACAGUAUCUUUGAUGUAUGUUGACACUGUAUUUUAAAUUACUUAAAAAAUAAACUAUGUAAGCACAUUUUAA